AUGGAGGGAGACACGCGGAUUGAAGAAAACGCAGAAAAGCAAAAGUUUGUGCUACAAUAUGUGAUGAAUCGAACUUUCGGAGUUGAUGAGGAUGUAGUACAAGGCCUGAUUCAUGAUUUAUUUGGUGAGUCAGCAUCACUGAGUCAAACUAUGAAUGAAAUCAACAAAAACAUUCACAAUUACGACUUUAAGCUUCAAAAAAUUCAAGACCAGCUCGAUGGCCGACCGACAUGGCAUUUUCAAAAUCUAUCUGGUGACCCUGUUUCGCAAAUGGCCACACCAUAUUCGACGAACCAAAUUGAACUGAUGCGAAGAAUUAUCGAUUGGAUUAUGCAAGCUGACGAGUAUCAGUACUCGAUAACUACACUCCAGAUUCACAAGUAUGCACGACGGGACAUGUCGCUGGCUCCCUCUAUUAUUGAAAACUACUUGAGCACUUUUGAAAGAGAUGGUUGGUUGAAUCAACGCGAAGGGAUAUGGACAUUCACAAACCAUGCAUUGGCAGACAUGGAGGCUUACCUACAUAAUGAGUAUGAAAGUAGUCUCUACGAGUGUAAUGCUUGUCGCGGUAUUGUCACAGCGGGCUAUGUUUGCGAAUGUGGAUAUUGUUUGCAUGUGUAUUGUUGCAAACAUUUGGCCUAUGAGUCAUGUCCCAACUGCAGCACUAAUUGGACAGAAGCUACAACGAUUGGAAGAUGGUACUAA